CACAAAACAGAUUUUAGAGAGAUAUAUUGAAGUUACCCCCACCCGAACUCGCCAGUCGCCAUAGAGCUCGGAAAUCUGCUCGAAAUACUCGAUGAACUUCGGGUAUUUUAGCAUCUCUGUCGUUUCGUACGAUGCCCGCCUGGCAUGACAAACGACAGAUGGCUCAAAACUACUUUAUUAAACCAAUUUCCACUUCCACCGCCUGAUCAAACGAUCAUGAUAGAAUAGCAUCAUUUAACCGAGCCAUCAUUUACCGUCAAAAUGAGUGUCGGCACUACAGGCGUUGCCGAAUUAUUCCAUCUACUCGAAUCUAAUAAACUCGGGGAAGUUGAGGAGAUCAAGAAAGUAUUCCAUGAUCAUUUCUUAUCCACAAAGGAUAACUGGCUAGUAAAUGGAUUAUUUGAUUAUUACCUAUCCACCAAUUCCCUGAGGACUGCUGAAGUAUUGGCAGGAGUUCGUGAUCCACAUGACAAACAUCUAUUGGAUCGUUUAUCAGAUAUUCUUUCAAAAACUGGCAAUUGCGGACAGAGAAUACAGGCACUUACAUUGCUUAGCCAUAUAGCUCGACGUCAACCUACUUGGUUGUACAAGCUAGCGAGUCAUGCUUUAUUCAGAGAUCUACUCAAGUUACUUAAGGUGGAGGCAGAUAUAUUACCGCUUAUGAGCGCCCUUCUUCUGUUAGUAAUGUUGUUACCAAUGUUACCUGCCGCCCUAGGGCCAUAUCUACCAGAAAUAUUUGAGGUAUUCGGCCGAUUGGCCUCUUAUUAUCACCAUCAAUCGUCCUUACUUUCUCCUUCUACUCUUUUUACUUCGAGUACAGUAGCAAACAUCAUCGACAAGGAGCAUUUGUACCUCAUACAUUUGCAGGUAGGAUUAUACAGUUUAUUUCAUAGACUGUACGCGAUGUAUCCCUGCAAUUUUAUAUCAUACCUGAAGCAACAAUACAUUCAACGUGAUCAAUUGGCUACGUUUACUCAUACUAUUAGACCCAUGUUGGAUUCUGUGCGUAUGCACCCUUUACUUGUUACUGCGUCUAAAGAUACAGAAAUUUCAGCCAAUAGGUGGAAAAAGAUGGAACAUCAUGAUAUCAUGGCAGAAUGUGGUCGUUUUACAUUAGAUAGAUGUCGAGAGGAAAUAUUAAGCAUAGUUAAUUCUCGGUGUACUCCACCUCCAGAUCAGUCUUUCACCUGCACACCGAUAAAUAUUUGCGGCGGAGCAACGACUACGGAAUUUAGUAAUGGAGAAGAUGAUACAUUCUGGUCACCAAGCGUGACGGUGUCACCUCAUAGUCCACCAUUUCCAAAUGCAUCGCACGAGCCGCGAUCUGCCCCACCGACGCCUAAUAACAAUAGGAGCGGUACUUCUCCGCCUGAGGCUGCUAUCGAAGCUACUCCUGAAACAACCCCCGUCAAGGAUUUACGAAAAUUAUCAACGAGGCAGGUGCCCUUGGGAUCUAGCGCGGCGCGUGCUCUGAAUGCAUUGGGCAAUGGUACAAUAAGCACAUCCUCUCGGCCAUCAACGCCCACUCCUGUAAACUCUUCUGUGUCGGUUCUUGGCUCUACAGCAAGAAGCGGGGAUAUUGCAAUGAACACGCAUGGGUUUCUUUCGCAAAGGCUAAAUAAAAUCAUGGCGGAUAGACAAAGUGUUCUUCGCCAGUCGCAAAAAUCAUUGGCCAACAAUGAAGAGGAUACGAGACUUUUAGAGAUGGAUCUAAGUCAGAAUGGGAAAAACGAUUCUUGGCAAGAAGAUCAAGAGGUACUGGAAAUUGUCAGUUCGCACGGCACUGGAGCGGUUGAAAUGCCAAAAUUUGUCGAACCACAGUCUGAAGCGCGAUGUGAGAAGAAUGCGUAUGGUGCUUUAACGGACUUGUCGCAAAAGGUCUAUCAAUUUCGAUUAUAUUCUGAGUGCUACUUUCCGAUGCAACAGUCAAAUUUGAGUGCAACGCACAAGAUCCGGCAAACCAGAUCUUGUCCGGAUAUGACAGUGCAGAGUAAACUGAAUAACGAGGACGUAGCGAAUCAAAUCAAAUUAAUAGAUACGAGCACCCAAACAGGUGAUCUGUUUCCAUACGAGUGUCUGUUUAUGGGAAUGUUAGAUCAGAAUAGUCAAAAUUCUGUUCAAGAAAGUCCCGACUCAAGACUGUCGCCAGUCAGCAUGCUGGAUCGAUAUAUCGAGGCUUGUACAAGAAUCAAUUUCUUUAGCAACAACGGGAAAAUGAGAACAAGCGGUACUAAGCAAAGGCAAAAGAAGAAAGGGGAGGAUGAUAUGGAUGAGGACGGAGGAGAGGAUGAUGGUAUAGACUCGACUUGUGCUAAUCAGUUGCUUCAACUUAUGCAAAUGCAGCUGCAGUUUGAGCGGCAACAACGAGAAGUUCAUGCCGAGCGUAAUCGGCGACUUCUCGGUAAAUUGAGAGAUUCGCGAGCUUCAGAAGAACAUAAUCUUGCUUUGACUGAUCGUUUGAAAAUGGUAGAAAGAGAAGUAGAAGAAUUGAAGACGCAGCUGGAACGUAAUAAAAAGGAAGCGCAUCAAGCUGAGGAACAAUAUAAAGAAGCUACACAUCAUUGGCAGAUCAAAUGUGUUGAAGAGCAACGACAGAAUCAUGUGCUCAAGGAUCGCUUAGAGUGUCUCGAACUGGAAUUAAAGAGCGAACAAAAAAAGGCAGCCGAAACACAGCAACAACUUCGUUCGACAGGAGCGGAGCUUUUUACUGCGGGGCACCAGCUCAAAGCGGCGUUAAAAGCUGCGGACCGUGGUAAAGAGCUCGAACGUGUUCUGGAUAUUGUACAAAAAAGAUUUCUUCUCCUAGGAGAGGCGCAACUGAAGCUGAAGGAAACUACGGAUAAUUUUUCACCGACGAUUAAACAAGAAAUGACGCAAAUGCAGAAAUCGUACACGGAGGAGUUAAACAAUAUUCGUCGGCAACUGGAAUCGCGAACGUCUCAUGUGGAGGCGCUGAAGGUGCGUCUAGGAGAGUUAGAAAAUAAAGAGGCGCGUAAGGAGAUGCAACUCAUGGAUCUGCAACGGCUCUUGCGAGAAACGAAAGAGCAACACGCAUCCGAGGUAGAAGCCGUUGAAUCAAAGUACAGAGCUCAAGUGGAGAUCAAUCUUCUCCUUGAAGGUUGCGUACUCGAGCUUCACGGCAAACUAGAGGCCGCCACAUGUUCUAACACGUGCUCGCCUAUGGCUAAUCCCGCUUCAUCAGCAUCGCCCAAGGAACGAUCUCCACCGCUCUCAACCAGCUUGGCCUCGUCCAGCGAGGGUAGCCUCGCGUUCAUGCACUCAGGCGCUGGGAUCAUCAUGAACGAUUGCUGUGAUGCGGCGGGCGAAAUUCCAAAUUUGCAAGCCAUGAUAGAGCCUGUGCCGAGUCAAGUCGCCUCACCGUCACGUUCUACUCAACGACAGACGCCGAAGCAAGACUAACAGUACGCGGAAACGUUCGCCGCGCGAGCUUCUUUUCGUGACACGAUCGGCGGCUGCGCGCGCAUACGACCGUUAUUCAUAGCGUUGCGAUGUGAAAGCGAGAAGAAAGUUAUUUGUAGCUUUUUAUUGAUAGAAUAGACGAGAUUCGUAAGAAAGUUAUUAUCGACUGAUUGCGAUCGAACAGGCAUGCUAAUCAACGUGUUUGUUAGUAUGGUAUAUCUCCGUUCUUUGGAAACGGAGUUCACAAUGAAUAAAUGGUUGAGAUAUUUUGUGAGCAA